AUGCAAUACGUUGGCAGAGCCAUAGGUUCUGUUUCAAAGACAUGGUCUUCAAUUAAUCCAGCGACCUUGUCUGGAGCCAUCGAUGUGGUCGUCGUUGAGCAUCCAGAUGGACGGCUUGCAUGUUCACCAUUUCACGUAAGGUUUGGUAAGUUUCAAAUACUCAAGCCAUCACAAAAAAGUGUUCUGGUUUCAGUGAACGGUCAGUCGACCAACAUUCCUAUGAAGUUAGGUGAUUCUGGAGAAGCGUACUUUGUUUUUGAGACUGAAGCAGACCUGGGAACAAUUCCAGACGAACUUUUGUCAUCUCCCGUUGUCAGCGCUGCCAGCAGUCCUUCGACGUCACCAAAUUAUGGUCAAAGUAGUGCUUCAAAUCUUGAAGAGCCAGACUUUUUGGAUAUUAGCAAACCGGGGCAGGCCGAGGUGUCAUCGCCAUCGACUCCGCCGCCAAGACGUCCCUCAAUAUUCGAGCAAAGAGCCAAAAAGCUCAACCAAAAACUACACGAAAAACAAAUCCCUAGUAAGUUCGACAAUAAUGGCGACUUGUUGCUGGACAUAGAGGGUUACAAGCCAAGUAAAGAUAAGGUUCAUGAUACAGAUGCCAUGCUCAAGCAACUACUUAAAGAUGAACUGGGAACAGAAUUCGACAUUUCUUCAUUUGUCAAGGAAGACAAGAACGGGAACAUGCGUAUUACUAGUCCAUGCGACGAGGGAUACUUGCAGUCACCACCGGGUUCCCCAAGCCCACUUUUAGCUGAAGACAUGGACACUCCAAAUACGGGCAUUUCGGAAUCUUCAACCCAAACAGAUAUUACAACAACAACAGAAUUCACUUCUUUGAGUUCUGCUCACGCAUCAAAGACUGCUGCAGCCUCUAAAAAUUUUAUCAAAACUAUCCGGCUGACCUCGGAACAGCUGCGUUGCUUAGAUCUCAAAUACGGUGAGAAUGAUCUAUCCUUCUCUGUCGACAAUAGUAGAGCUACUGUCACUGCCAAGCUCUUUUUGUGGCGGUGGGACGUGCCACUUGUGAUUUCGGAUAUAGAUGGAACCAUAACCAAGUCGGAUGCGUUGGGCCAUGUUUUCACCAUGAUUGGAAGAGAUUGGACUCACUUGGGGGUAGCGGAGCUUUUCACUGAGAUCAAAAGGAACGGAUACAAUGUAGUAUACUUGACAGCUAGAAGUGCCGGUCAGGCUGAUUCUACAAGAAGCUAUCUCAAGAGCAUUGUUCAAGAUGGUUGUAAGCUACCGAGAGGUCCGGUUAUCCUUUCACCAGAUAGAACAAUGGCCGCAUUGAGGAGAGAGGUUAUUUUAAAGAAGCCAGAAGUUUUCAAGAUUGCAUGCUUAAACGACAUAAGGAGGUUGUACUUCGGCCAAUGCGAGCUUAGCAAGUUAGAAGACGACACAAAAAAAGACGAUUGCCCCACACCGUUCGUGGCAGGUUUCGGUAACCGAAUCACGGAUGCGCUCGCCUACCGUACUGUUGGAAUUCCAAGCUCGCGAAUCUUCACUAUCAAUCCUGAAGGAGAAGUUCAUAUGGAAUUGUUAGAACUGGCUGGAUACCGAAGCUCUUACAUUCACAUCAACGAGUUAGUGGACCAUUUUUUUCCACCAGUAGGAAUCAAUUAUGCCAACUGUGGAGAUGACUGCAGGAGUUUAUCCCCUACUCCAGGCUCCCCCACAGGAACAGUAAUGGAUGAGAGGUCGUUCCGCAGGCCGCACGACGUGAACUUCACGGAUGUUAACUUUUGGCGGGAUCCUGUUCCCGACCUAGACGAACUUUCUGAUAUAGAGAGUCUUACUCCCGACCAACAUAAAGAGGCUGACAAAUUCAAAAGCGCUAUGGAGAACAAUUCAGAUGCCAAGAGCUCCAAGAGUACGAGUUUUGAUACAGAGGCUCCUUCGACACCUAAAAACUCAUCAAAAUCCUUUAGGCAAUCGAGCCACUCCAAGGAUGUUGGUCAACAGAUGUAUCUAGAACUCGGUUCACCACUGGCAUCUCCCAAACUUAACUAUAUGGACACCGGUCACGGCGUUGAGCAGCAUUUGAAGCCGCUAAGUAUAUCGCGCCCCAGCGAACCUAGCAUUCAAAUUUCGACAUUCAAUGUUCUUAACGAUGGUCAUUCCAAGAGCAACAAAUUCACCAAAGAGCCGCAGUUACCUACAACGCCGUCAACAGGACACGUUGAGACCAGCGAUGACGAAUUUGAUGAGGACGAGUUCGAUGAAGAUGAUGAUAACGAUCAGGAGUUUGUGCAGGAUCAGGUUGAUGAGGGAGACGAAGACGACGAAUCUAGGGACGAGUGCGAAUAUGAAGACGACGAACAAAACGACAAUGACUACGAUGACAAGAAUGCUGGCGCCCUAGAAAAUCCUCAGGAUGGUUUUGAACUUGACGCCAGAAGCACGCCAGUCCAACAGCUAUAA